AUGGGAAAGAUUUUCCGUACAGCAACUGCAAUUGUUGUUAAAUCAAAUCCAUACUGGAAACUCUCUGUUAAACAUGUCAACAAGAAUAGUUUACCAACACAAGAGAAGAAAACUAUUUUUGUUUGCAACCAUCAAAGUAAUAUGGAUCCAUUUGCAUUAAUUUGUGGUGCUUUACCAAUUGAAACUAAAUGGGUUUCAAAGAGUGAUUUGUUUGCAAUUCCAUUUGCUGGAAGAAUGAUGUCAAAUGCCGGAGAUGUUCCAAUUGUUUUCAAGAGCAAGAAAAUGGAUGAUAUGAGUACUGACAGAGAUUCUGUUAAAUCUGCCAUGAAUAAGCUCAAAGAACAUUUACGUAAUGAUAAUGCUGUAUUUUUCUUCCCUGAAGGAAGAAGAUCUUCCACACCUGACCAACUUUUGGAAUGGAAGAAGGGUGCCUCAAUUAUGAGUUUAGAAACAGGAGCUGACAUUGUUCCAAUUGGUUUGUAUGGUACAUUCACUAUGUGGGGUAUUGAAGAAGCUCUUCCAACACCAGGUAAAGCAGCAAUUGUUGUCGGAGAACCAAUUAGUGUUCAAGGAAUGACUUUGGAAAAGGAUGUUGAAACUCUCAAUGAAAAAACAAGAGAAGCUGUUGCUGAAUUGUUGCAAAAAGCUAUGGCUGAAUAUGCUAAAAUGUAA